AUUAGUCAAGGCAGACAGCAAAACGUCGGCCGGAGACAGGAAACAAAAGCAGAAACGUGCAUUUAAAAGCCCCAAUCUGCAAUAAUCAUCACAAUCGUUUAGCCUGUAUGCUGUUUUAAGAAAACUAUAUGCACUUGUAUUACUUUUGUCACUAAAUAAUUGUACAAUUACUUAACGAUUCUUCAAAAGAUUCCCGAAUCUUAACACUUAAGGAUUUUAUUGUGAAAACUCAAAGCGGAAGUGAUUCCUUAAUGCCGUAAACUCGUCGAUGCUUCUGUAAGCCUCACUGCUCCUUUUGUAGCAAGAGAAGUUCAACGGAACCUACAUAUUUUCUUCGUGCUCAGAACCAGAACACUAUGAAUCAGGAAAAGCUCGCCAAGCUUCAGGCCCAAGUCCGAAUAGGAGGAAAGGGAACCGCUCGCAGGAAGAAAAAGGUCGUUCACAAGACGGCGACGGCGGAUGACAAGAAACUGCAGGGCUCUCUGAAGAAACUGGCGGUGAACAACAUCGCAGGAAUAGAGGAGGUGAACAUGAUAAAGGAUGACGGGACGGUGAUCCACUUCAACAACCCCAAAGUCCAGGCGUCCUUGUCCGCCAACACGUUUGCCAUCACCGGCCACGCGGAGACCAAACAGCUGACGGAGAUGCUCCCCGGCAUCCUGAGCCAGCUGGGAGCCGACAGCCUCAGCAGCCUGCGCAAGCUGGCCGAGCAGUUCCCACGGCAAUCGAUGGACAUGAAGACCGUCAAAGAGGAAAAUGCAGAAGAAGAGGAGGACGACGACGUACCGGAUCUGGUGGAGAACUUUGAUGAAGCCUCAAAAAAUGAAGCAAACUGAUGCCGCCUGCCCCCUCCCCUCCACCUGUUGAGGACUCGCACAGGGCGUCUCCGCUUGUGAGGAGAGAGGUGUGGACGGUGCGGCCCCCUCACCUGAGGGGGUCCACCUGCUGCAGCUUCGAUUUCAGCAGCUGCUGAUCUUAUGGAAACCUGGACGACUCCACACCCAAAGGAACUUCAAACCACUUUAUGUGACUCAACAUGGCUAGUAUUUAAGAGAUUCUUUAUGAAAUUCCACAUAAAAUGAAUGGUUUGUUUAGCAUUAUAUCAGCUAUUAUCAAUAAAAUCAAGUGUUUUUGAUGUUU